CAGGAGCCCAAAGCUUCAGUGCGAGUGUGAGACUUUCCGAGAAGAAUCUCUCUAUAGCUCUUUGUAAGAAGGCAGAAAACAAAGAAACUUCUUUAAAAAUGGCAAUGGUAUCAGAAUUCCUCAAGCAGGCCUGGUUCAUUGAAAAUGAAGAGCCGGAAUACAUCAAAACUGUUAAAGGAUCCAAAGGUGGUCCUGGGUCAGCAGUGUACCCCUUUCCCAGCUUCAAUCCAUCCUCAGAUGUUGCUGCCUUGGAUAGAGCAUUAGCAGUUAAAGGUGUGGAUGAAGCAACCAUCAUUGACAUUCUAACUAAGAGAACCAACGCACAGCGGCAACAGAUCAAAGCGGCUUACCUCCAGGAAAAAGGAAAGCCCUUGGAUGAAGUCCUGAGGAAAGGCCUUAGAGGCCACCUUGAGGAAGUUGCUUUGGCUCUGUUAAAAACUCCAGCCCAGUAUGAUGCGGAAGAACUUCGUGCUGCCAUGAAGGGCCUUGGAACUGAUGAAGACACUCUGAAUGAAAUUUUGGCAUCAAGAACUAACAGAGAAAUCAGAGAAAUUAACAGAGUCUAUAGAGAAGAACUGAAGAGAGACCUGGCUAAAGACAUCACCUCAGACACCUCUGGAGAUUACCGGACGGCUUUGCUCGCUCUGGCUAAGGGUGACCGGGCUGAGGACUUUUCCUUAAAUGAGAACAUGGCUGAUUCAGAUGCCAGGGCAUUAUAUGAAGCAGGAGAAAAGAGAAAAGGGACAGAUGUGAAUGUGUUCACUACCAUUCUUACCGGCAGAAGCUAUCCCCACCUUCGCAGAGUGUUUCAGAAGUACACCAAGUACAGUCAGCAUGACAUGACCAAAGUUCUGGACCUGGAGAUGAAAGGUGACAUCGAGAAAUGCUUCACAACUAUCGUGAAGUGUGCCACAAACAAACCAAUGUUCUUUGCUGAGAAGCUUCAUCAGGCCAUGAAGGGUGUUGGAACACGUCAUAAGAUAUUGACCAGGAUUAUGGUUUCCCGUUCUGAAAUCGACAUGAAUGACAUCAAAGCAUGCUAUCAGAAGUUGUAUGGUGUCUCUCUCUGCCAAGCCAUCAUGGAUGACACCAAAGGAGAUUAUGAAAAAAUCCUGGUGUCUCUCUGUGGAGGACAGUAAACAUUCCUUUGAUGAUUUCAAGCUUUUUGAUCAGAAGAUUUUUAAAUCAUAUCUUUUCAUGCCAUGUUACAGAUUUAUAUAGGAAAGUUUCUUCAGCAGGAUUAGUCUAGCUAACUGCUUUCUGAAAACUAUAGCCUAUAAAUCAUUUUUAUAUCACAACUCUGUAUAAUAGAGAUAAGUUUUAAAAAUAUAUAUUUGCUCCAAACUGUAAAACCCCAUAAUAGGUUGUUCUGUUAACAUUACCUGAGAAAGAUGUUUAUGUAACAGAAAAUAAAAUGAUUUUACAGGACAA